AUUAGACAUUUUGUGUUUCGCAAGCGCCACGCAUCUAAGUCAUACUAAAAUAUUAUUAUCAAGUAAAAAUGAAUUUUUUCAAGAGAGAAGACGAGUUCAAGAAAAAUCCAGAACUCAAAGAAGAAGACUUAAGUCAUCUGAGAGACUGGCUGGCUAAGCAACCUCAUCUGCCUGAUGUUACAGACGAACAUCUUAUACUGUUCUUGCACAGCUGUUUCUAUCGGUUGGAAUUGACAAAAUCUACAAUAGAAUCUUAUUUUACUAUUCGCACACAUUCGCCCGAAUUUUUUACCAAGAGGGACAUCGACUAUAAACCCGUAGCAGACAUCUUUAAGACAAUUGGAUUUUGCUUGUUUCCCGAACCAACACCGGACGGCGACAGGGUGAUAUUUUUGUACCCAGACCGCACGGAACCGGAACUUUUUGUGUUUGCCGAGGUAAUCAAAGGAAUAAGUAUGCUCAUGGACAUGUUGUUAAUGACUUCGGGCACUUUCAACGGACUCGUCAUAAUAUACGACAUGAAAGGGUUCACCCUGAGUCAUAUGGCCCGUCUAAGCGUGGGUCUGAUGAAAAAGUACGUGUACUUCUUACAGGAAGGUUUACCGGCACGUUUAAAAGCCAUACACACCAUAAACACGGUUCCGUUUAUAGACAUGAUUACCAGCAUGACGAAGCCUUUUAUGAAAACCGAACUAUCCGAAAAGUUAUUCUAUCAUUCCGCUGGCUCUGAAACAAUAUUCGACAGUAUACCCAAGGAAAUCUUGCCGUCAGAAAUAGGAGGAACGGGAAAGUCAAGAACGAUUUACAGAGAUGAGACAUUGGCACGAAUCAAAGAAAUGAAAACGUGGUUCAUGGAAGAAGAAAAAUACAGGGUCGACGAGCAAAAACGUGUCGGCAAACCAAAAACAGAAAGCGACUACUUUGGCCUAGACGGAUCGUUCAAAACACUUGACUUGGAUUGAUAUAAAGCCAAUCGAAUUUCCACACCAAAACGGCCCAAAUGUGUUUCAUGGUUUUAGGGUGCACUAUACUAUUGAUAUUAUUUGGUGUUUUGUUACAAUGACAAUAACGGUUUAAGAAGUACAAUAUUAAUCUCAAUAUUUUAUGAAAACAGCUCAUUGGAUAAAUAGUAAUAAUACUAAUUUUGUGUGGGACAUUUUUUUUUUUUAAGAUUUUACGAUUGUAAUUUGUAUGACAAUGUGCAAUGCUGCCUAUUCACAGCCUAGUUAAAUAAAAAAAUAGUCAAAUAUAUUUAGGACAAUCUUACACACAUAUAAUUUGUACUAUUACAUGCAAAACUGGACACAUCACAUGUAAGGCGUUUAAAGUUCUUUUGUAAUAACUAUUGCUUAUU